UCGUUAUCCGCGCGGUCACACUACCAAUUUUAGCAAAAAAAAAUUAGGCGUUUUAAAAUUCGAGAGCAUCUAAAUUCGGGGCCACAAUGCGCCAAGCUUACAUUUAAGAGGCUGCAAGCUAGCGUCGUCUCGUCGCAGGUGCACCGGUGCACUCGAGGCAGCGCGGGAUUCCGCCAACCGCUGACUAAGGCACAUCCGCCCGCGGAGUGAAAAAUCGAUUUGGUGAUAACAGGGGCUUACGCUUACGCGUUUUCGCACUGCUAGUCGUAGUCGAGUGGCCAGUGGACACCACACCAGAGCGCAUCAUGAAUGUGGACUUUGCGAAGGUGUGCAGCAAGCACAUAGGCGUCUACGAGGCCUACUACAAACAGAUUGACCCCAAAGCCACCGGGGCAAUCGAGGCCAUGACGGCAGCCAAGUUUCUGAAGAAGUCGGGCCUCAGCGACGUGGUGCUGAGCAGGAUCUGGGACCUGUCCGACCCGAACGGCAAGGGCUACCUGGACAAGCCGGGCUUCUUUGUGGCCCUCAAGUUGGUGUCGCUGUCGCAGGCGGGACAGGUGGCCAACAUGAACAACAUCUACCUGGAAACUGCCAACCCGCCGAAGGUGGGUGAACUACCAAAAACGAUGCCGUCGCGCAUCCAGACGGUGCCGGUGUCCAGUGGCGGAGUGACCAACGGGGACUGGUCCAUCGGGGUGAUCGACCGCCUCAAGUAUGAGCAGCUCUUCGAGUCGCUGAAUCCCCACAACGGCAUGCUGCCGGGCAACAAGGUCAAGGGCGUGCUGAUGGACUCCAAGCUGCCCAUGAACAUACUAGGCACCAUCUGGGACUUGGCCGACCAGGACAAGGACGGCAACCUGGACAAACACGAGUUCUUGGUGGCCAUGCACCUGGUCUACCAGACGCUGCAGAAGCGCACCAUUCCCAGCGUCUUGCCACCCGAGCUGCGGAAGCCUGGAGGCGCAGGACCGCCUCCCAAGCCCGCCAUGCCCCCACCUCCGUCGGCUGCUGCCAUGCCUCGUGCUCCCAGCGGCGAGGGAUUCGGCGAUGGCGGCUUCGUGGCCAACUUCCCCAAGGACAUCGCCCCUCCGGCGGCCAUUCCUCCGCUUCCGGUGGCCGUGCCGCCCAUGACGCGCAUUCCCCCGGUUGGCGCAGUUAGCUCCCAGCCGUUAAUCCAGACGGAUCCGCUGAUACCAAUCGGUGCUCCGCCCUCCGUGACGGCUAACGCCGACUGGGUGGUCACCCCGGCAGAGCUGAAGCGCUUCGAGGAGAUCUUCCGCCAGUCGGAUCUGGAUAAGGACGGCCUUGUCUCCGGCCUCGAGGUGAAAGACAUCUUCAUUAAGUCGGGUAUACCGCAGCGCACUCUAGCGGACAUCUGGGCCCUCUGUGACACCAAUCAGUCUGGCAAGCUGACUGUAGACCAAUUCGCUCUUGCUAUGUGGUUCGUGGAGCGAAAGCAGCGCGGCGUGGAUCCGCCCCAUGUGCUCAACGCCAAUAUGGUGCCGCCCUCGAUGCGUGCCACAGUGUCUGGAGUGGAUUUGCAGCCGCAGGAGGUGAAGCCUACUUACUCGAAUCCGGAGCUGGAGAUGAUCUCCAAGGAGAUUGAGGAGUUGGCCCGCGAGCGGCGGGUCCUGGAGACGGAGAUUGCCCAGAAGGAGGCGGAUGUGCGCGUGAAGAACGGCGAAGUGCGCAGUCUGCAGAGUGAAUUGGACACUCUUACCGCCACGCUGAAGCAGCUGGAGAACCAGCGAGGAGAGGCCCAGAAACGACUGGAUGACCUGCAGGCUCAAGUUAGCCACAAUACGGCCGUGCUGGCCAACGUAAGUCUUGACAUAUCGCGCACCAACGAUCAGGUGACCAAGAUUCGUGACCAGUGCCACAUGCAGGAGGAGACCAUCAACGAGCAGGAGGGUGAGUUGAACGCCAAGCGCUCGGAGCUGCAGAAGCUCAAGGACGAGGAGACGUCGCUGCAGAAGGAGUACGACGACAACAAUCGCGAGCUAUCGAAGCUUACCAACCACCUGCAGGCCACCCAGCUGCAAAUCAGCUCGGUCCGGUCGAUGGUCACCCAACUGUUGGAGACGCAACGCCAGAUGACCGACGCUCUUCUCAUCUGCCGGGCUGCCAUGGAGAACCAGAACGCCGAGCUGGUCUCCGAGUACCAGCUGAAGAUCGAGCCGGACUUUGAUGAGGCGCGCAAGACGUUGACCAAGGAGGUGCAGCUGCCAAAGGACGAUCCCUUCGAGGAGAACAACAGCGGGGCCGCUAAUCAGGCUACCAACGGCUUUGGCAGCGAUCCUUUCUCUGGUCAGCAGGCCAGCAAGCCGGCCAUCUCCACCGGCUUCGAUGACAGCUUCAACAUGAGCUCGGGCUUCGAUAGUGGCUUCGAUGCCUUUGGUCAGAGCGGAGCGAGUUCAGCAUUUGGCCAGACCCAGCGCGAUCCCUUCGGCUCGGAUGCCUUUGCGGCCAACAAGAGCAGUGCUGUCACUCCAGAUCCCGGAAAGGAUGACUUCGGCAGCGAUCCGUUUGCCGCCCUGCACGCGCCAACUGGCAAAGGUCAGGUGCUCAGUCCCAACGCGCAGAAGUCGGGCCCGCCGCCCAGACCGGAGUCUCCUAGUCCAGCAUUGCCGCCAAAGAAGUCCAAGGUGCCGCCCCCACGACCAGCGCCACCCCGAGCAGCCCAGCCCACGGGUGGUUUUGGAAGCGGCGGCGGCGGCGGAGGAGGAUUCGCCGACUUUGAAGACUUCGACAAUAAGCUCCACAACAUUCCAAGCACUCCCUCGACCACGCCCCUGUCCCUGCCCCCGCCCACGCUGCCGCCCCCGAUUUCGGUCACCAGUGGAUCGUCGUUGUUGGACAGCUUCUCGCUGUUCGACGAUCCCGGCCAGAUCCGCAGCCAGGCGGCCAGCACGCCCAACCCCACGCCCACCGUACACAACCUGCUCCCACCAUCUACAUCCACGCCAGCUGUCCCAUCCCCGGUAUUAGCAUCUCUAUCGGCAUCACCAGCGGGAUUGGUAGCGGGAGCGGGCGGAGUUCCUCCUAGUAGCACCACCACCAUCACCACCGCCCCCAGCUCGAAUAACCAGCAUUUGUCGCGUUCCAAUACACCGCUGCAGAAUCAGAGCACGACGGGAUUGGGAUUGGGACUGGCGCCGAAAGCGGGAGCCAGUGUGUUCGAGGCCUUUGGAGAGAGUGUCAGCCAAAAGGCACCGACGCCCGGACUCAUCACUGGACCCACCGACUUCAAGGACGAUCCGUUUAAGGACUACCGCUACGAGGAUCCCUUCAGCAUCAAGGAUCCCUUUGCCGACGACGAAGAGGAGGAGCCAUCUGCAGUUAAGGGAGCUGAGCAGAAGAAGAACUUUGCCGAGGACUUCAGUUCGGAUGAUGAGAUGGGAAUCGCAGCCAAAACUUUAAGCAACAUUGUGAACAACAAUAGCAGUAAGCCCAAGGUGGCCACGCCCCUGAACAAUGACUUCCUGCAGCAGUUCGACGCCUUCAACCUGAACUCGAGUCCGGCGCCCUCGCACCACUCGAGCACUUCGCAUCACUCCACCUCCAAGCCGAACCAUCAGAAGUCUCAGAUGGCGCUGGACACAUUCGCUGACUUCGACGACUUUGCCGCCACUGGGGGAUUGGGAUCUGGAUCUGGAUCUGUACUGGGAACGACGACCACAGCCACUAGCAAUACAAAACUCAACGAUUCCUUCUUCGAUGCAUUUAACGACAACUUCAGUGUGAGCCAAAACGCAGUGGUGGCCACUGGCCUGGUCGAUCAAAAGAAGGCCUUCGACGCCUUUAACGACAACUUCGAGGAUCACUUCAAGACGGGCAACGACAACUUUGCCAAAUUCGAGGCCUUCGAGGCACACAACUUCUCGAGUGACUUUGGGAACACAUCCUUCGAGGCGACGACGGCCAAAGGCAAGGCUAAGGAGCAGCAGAACGGGCAGGUGGCCAAGAAGAAGGAUCACGGCAAGGAGCCGGUCAAGGACAAGUUCGCGGCGGACUACUCAAAGCCGGAGAGCUUCGAUGCGGAUCUGGAGGAGGCGCUGAAGCGCAGCGUGCUGGACAACUAGGUGCUUUGAUUGAGCCACGAGAUAUAUGUAUCUCCAAUGACACAUGCAAUGUACUCUCUAUUCGCACUCGAUCCGAUCUAUAGUGUUAGUGCCUCAUUUCGAUCAAGACGCCGUGGGAUCAUAUAUGUAGCUCCCCAUGGUAUUUACUCCGUACUCCUCGUGCUCAAGGAUCCCGGCGAAUAGAGAAUUCCAACGGAGCCGCAUCUGGUAUUACAAGCUACAUGCUAUACACAAUUAUAAAUACAAUUCCGCGUAAUCACAUACUCGUAGAGCCUAAUUAUGUUGCGAUUUAACCUGUACCAAAACCCUAUGAAUAAACGUACGAAAGAA